GUCGAAAACAUCGUCAGUUUAAUAGCAUUCUUUUUAGCCAGUCAGGUGUAGAUUAGUGCAGAAUUGAACACAAACUUGAAGUAUAAGGUCCCUUAUUUGUAACGUAUUGUCUACUAACACAUUUAAUUCAGUCUCUAACGGUGAUAAUAGUUGAUAAAAUGUCAACCGAACUAAAUAAAAUGCAGAUCGAUUUGAUAGACAAAAUAGCAAAAGAAAAUGGUUUCAUGGAGUACCAAGUGACGACUAAUAAAGGCUCAGAAAAAGGUGAUAAUUUUUUGGGUAUUUUAACACUAAUUACGCUUGAUAAUGGCGAGAAUAAACUAGAAUUAAUAUUAAAAUCGGCCCAACAAAAAGAUACGUUCAGAAAAGUAGCACCGAUUCGUCGCGCUUAUUUGAGGGAGAUUUAUUUGUACGAAAAUGUUUUUGUUGUGUUCAAAAAAUACCAGGAUGAUCAUAAUAUAGCGGAUACUUUUGACUGUUACGCGAAAAUAUACGAAUCUUCCACCGUUGAAGAAAAUGAGUGUUUAAUAUUAGAAAAUUUAAAAGUAAAAGGGUACCAGCUAUGGAAUAGAAAAAUUUACAUGAACACAGAACACAUAUCGGCUGUACUUAAAGAAUAUGGGAAAUUUCACGCUAUUUCCAUGGCAAUGAGACACAAAAAUGUCGAAUUAUAUGAAAAACUCACAGAAGAUAUAAAGGUAGGUAUCUGGCUGGAAAAAGACGAGACAUGGGAUGCUCGCGUGAAAUACAUCAAAUCAGUAAUGGUAGUUGGUCAUGAAGCUGUUAAAGAUAGUACUGAUCUAAAAGAGUUUCUUAAAAAAGUUGAAGAUAGUCUUCCCGAUUUAAUUCAUAAGGAAUUAAGAACACCGGAGUACCAGCAAGCGUUGGUUCACGGCGACUGUUGGUGCAAUAACAUAAUGUUUAAAUAUGAAAAUGAACUUGAUAAGACGAAACCUUCUAGUUUAAGAAUAGUCGACUGGCAAAUAUCAUCUGAAAAUUCACCAGCAUUUGAUUUCUGCUACUUUUUCCUAAUACACAGUACAAAAGAAGUUCUAGACGACUACCAAAGUUAUAUGAAAUUAUAUUACGAAUCAUUUUCACAACAUCUCAAAAGUUUCGACUGUGAUCCGAAUGAAGUGUUUCCAUAUGCCAGGUUUGAAAAACACGUCAAUCGUUACAUGUUGUAUGGAAUGUUUAUCUCUUUUGUAAUAAUGAGGAUAAUGAUAUGCGAUUCUGAUGAAGCUCCAGAUUUUUCCCAAUUAGCAGAAGGAGAAGCUUUUUUAGAUUCUUUACAUUUUAAAAUAAAAAAUACCAAUCUUCUGAAUGAGAGGUUAAGGACUGUAAUUGUGUUUAUAAAAGAACAUAAUUUUUUUACGUAUUAAAAUAUU